GCUUCCAAAAUGUGCUUUUUAAGAACGGCAGCGUUUGGUUUCAGGUGUGGAGCUGUCAGAGGUGGAGGGAAGCCUCUCCUCUCAGGUGGAGGAGCUGCAGCGCCUCCUGCAGGACCAGCAGAAGGAGCUGCAGCAGAUUGCAGAUCACACUCACACAUAUCUGGAGCAGAACCUGCAGCUGAGGCACCUGCAGAGCCAGGUCAAACAGGUGCUGGGCUGGAUCUCAGAGGGGGAGAUGAAGCUAUCAUCCUGCAUGCUGAAUUCCAGCUGUCUGUCUGAAGCAGAGCAGCUGCAGAGGGAGCAUGAGCGCCUCCAACAGACCAUUGAGGCUCUGCUGCAUGCCGAAUCCCUGCAGAGAACUCACCAGGUGGCGCUAGCUCUGCAGCAGCGAGCCGAGCUACUGGUCAGGUCGGGCCACUACGACCCAGACGCAGUGAGGGCUUGUGCCCAGACGGUGGCGCUGCACUGGCAGACUCUGAUGCUGAGGAUAGAAGACAGACUCAAACUGGUCAACGCCUCCGCCGCCUUCUACCGGACGUCACAGCAG